AUGGACAGGCACGACAUCUCGCGCGCUCCCCCCGAGUACUUGGAGGUCAAGUGGAUCGCGGACCUCUGCAAGCUCCUCAUGGGGCUGGGGUGGACGACCAACUACGCCGGCAUGAUUAUGCGCUCCAUCAAGGACCGCACGUACAGCAUGUCGGUGAUGGCGCUGUGCAACAACUUUGCGUGGGAAAUCACGUACGCCUUCAUCUACCCCUUCGGCAGCGGGCUGGAGCUCUACGUCCACUACACGGGCCUGCUGAUCAACUGCGGCGUCAUGUACACCGCCGUCAUGUGCGCCGCUCGUGCAGCGCAACUUCAUCAAGCUGGUCGUCAUGGCAAUCGUUGGUUUUGCGAUAUAUUCCGAUAUAAGUACUGGAGGGCCGAUCACGAGGAGCUUGCAACACCGCUUUACAUCUGGUUCGUUUGCGCGUUUUUCGUCUUGGAUGGCGGUUACGGGAUAGCCUUGUACUAUGUGAAGCGUUUCGAGAAGACUCAGCAAGCUGCAGCAAAGUCAAAGGAAAACUGA